GGAGGACGGGAAGCCCCGCUUUGGCACACAGGGAUCGUCUGGGCUUGCAAAGGGAAGAGGAGGGGGGAACGCUCGGCGACCCUCUUCAGGCUGCUAGAAGGUGGAUGCGAAAGGAGGGACGAAGCAAAGAGAAGGCGAGCGGCGCGGCCUGGAAGAGCAAAGCAGCCGGCGGGGGCGAGAGAGAGGACGGGCGGGCUCCAAUUCGCCGACCCGAUAUGGCAGAGAAGAGGAGAGCCUCGCCUUGCACCAUGCUGAGCCUCAAGGCUCACGCGUUCUCGGUGGAGGCGUUGAUCGGAGCCGAAAAACAGCAGCAAUCGCAGCAACAACCGCAGCCGCAGAAGCGGCGAAAGCUGGCCGGAGCCAGUGGGGAAGAGACGCCGUCCGAAGGUAGCGGCGGCGGCGGCCACGGGAGCAGCUGCGACACGGACUCCGGCGAAGGCGCCGGGCAAAGCUCCGCUUCGCCCUCCGGUGGGUGCGAAGAGAGUUUCUUAAAUGGUAUGUCGCCCUCUCUGACUCCUGGAGGCCCCGCCAGAGCUGCCUCGCCCCUGCUCGCCCCGCAAGUGCCUCGGGUGGACCUGCAGGGCGCGGAGCUCUGGAAACGUUUUCACGAGAUCGGCACCGAGAUGAUUAUUACCAAGGCGGGAAGGCGGAUGUUUCCUGCAAUGAGAGUGAAAAUUUCAGGCCUAGAUCCUCAUCAGCAGUAUUACAUUGCUAUGGACAUUGUCCCCGUAGACAACAAAAGAUACAGGUAUGUUUAUCACAGUUCCAAAUGGAUGGUAGCUGGUAAUGCUGACUCACCUGUGCCUCCCCGUGUGUACAUUCAUCCGGAUUCACCUGCCUCAGGAGAGACUUGGAUGCGGCAAGUGAUUAGCUUUGACAAACUGAAGCUUACAAACAAUGAACUGGAUGACCAGGGUCAUAUAAUUCUUCAUUCUAUGCACAAAUACCAGCCACGUGUCCAUGUCAUUCGAAAAGACUGUGGGGAUGAUCUCUCCCCAGUCAAACCCAUUCCUUCUGGGGAUGGUGUGAAGGCAUUCACUUUUCCCGAAACUGUUUUCACUACUGUCACAGCAUACCAGAACCAACAGAUCACCAGACUCAAGAUUGAUAGAAAUCCAUUUGCAAAAGGAUUUAGAGAUUCUGGGCGCAACAGGAUGGGGUUGGAAGCUUUAGUAGAGUCUUAUGCAUUCUGGAGACCUUCACUGAGAACACUUACAUUUGAAGAUAUACCUGGGAUAGCAAAACAAGGAAACUCUGGUUCUCCCGCUUUGCUCCAGGGAUCUGGCAAUGGGGUACCAACCACUCAUCCACAUCUCCUUCCUGGGUCACCUUGUUCUUCUCCUGCUUUUCACCUCACUCCUAAUACUAGCCAGUUCUGCAGCCUUGCUUCAGCUGACUAUACAGCCUGUGCUCGCUCCGGUCUAACCCUUAAUAGGUAUAGUACUUCCCUGGCUGAAACCUACAACAGGCUUACAAACCAAACGAGUGAGACCUUUGCAACCCCAGGAACUCCUUCUUAUGUUGGCGUAUCAAGUGGUUCAGGUGUGAAUAUGCCUGUGACAGGUAGUGACGGUGAUGCAUUCAGUUGUCCGCAGGCGGGCUUAUCAAUGCAAAUUUCAGGAAUGUCUCCACAGCUCCAGUACAUUAUACCUUCUCCAUCUGGCAAUGCCUUUCCUCCAAAUCAGACCCAUCCGAACUCCUACAACACUUUCAGGCUGCAUAGCCCUUGUGCUCUGUACGGAUACAACUUCUCCACCUCCCCCAAACUGGCUGCAAGUCCUGAGAAAAUUGUUUCUUCCCAAGGAACUUUCUUGGGGUCAUCACCAAGUGGAACCAUGACUGAUCGGCAGAUGUUGCCCCCUGUAGAAGGAGUGCACUUACUUAGCAGUGGGGGGCAGCAAAAUUUCUUUGACUCUAGGACCCUAGGAAGCUUAACGCUGUCAUCAUCUCAAGUGUCUGCACAUAUGGUUUGA